UUGUCAUCACGCCGCUAGUUCUCGGCCAUUUUUACAAGUGCAAGCUUCGACAAAACACAACACAAACCUGUUUUUAUCAUUGUAAUCAUAUUCGGACUGUAUUAACACAGUGAAGCGGAUCAGCAGUCAUGUCAGAAUUUAUUGAGAGCGAGGCAGAGGAAUCAGAGGAAGAGUUUGAGGAGAAGGAUCUAAAGCCCAAGAAGACCCAGAGGUUUUUGGAGGAAGAUGAUGAGGAGGAAGAUGUUGACAACCCAGAGGAACAGGAUGAGCAUGGAAAUUUGCGUGGUCUAAUUGAUGAUGGAGAUGAUGAUGGGGAAGAGGAGGAGGAAGCUGAAAGGAAUAGAAGUGGAGAGGGCAGCGACUCAGAAGAGGAAGUGAGGCAUCGACGUAAAAAGCGCAAUUAUGACGACUGUCUGGAUGAUGAUGAUCUUGACCUCAUUGAGGAAAAUUUGGGUGUCAAAGUUAAACGGAGGAAGAAGAAAUAUGACCGUGUGAAAACAUUGGAUGAUGAUGAAGAAGAUGACGAUGAGAAGGACUUGAUUGCAGAUGAAAUCUUUCAUGGUGAUGGUGAAGGUGAGCUGGAGGAGGGCGAGGCUGUCGACGAGCCCCUCCAACACCCAGGUGAUGAUGAAGAAGGAGAGGAUGAGGAAUCAGACAUAGAUGAUUUUAUCGUGGAUGAUGAUGGCCAACCCAUCACCAAAAAGAGGGGCAAAAAGUUCUCAGGAUACACUGAUGCAGCUCUCCAGGAAGCCCAGGAAAUUUUUGGUGGCGACUUCGACUUUGCUGACUUUGAUGCAGAUGCUUAUGACCAAGGUGAAGAGGAGGAAGAAGAUCAGGAUGAAGAGGGCUGGGACCGACCCAAGAAACAGACCAAGAGGAGGCUGGGGAGGAAGAGCAUCUUUGAAAUCUAUGAGCCUAGUGAGCUAGAAAGCAGUCACAUGACUGACCAGGACAAUGAGAUCCGGUCCACAGACAUGCCUGAGAGGUUCCAGUUACGAUCCAUCCCUGUUAAACCUGCUGAGGAUGAUGAGCUGGAAGAAGAAGCAGAAUGGAUCUUUAGACAUGGCUUCUCCACUCUGACAAUCUCCAUGCAGGAAAGUACAGAUUAUCUUGACAGAGGAACGACAACAAACUUCAGCAGGAAAGGGCCCAGCACGAUUGCCAAGAUCAAAGAAGCCCUCAAUUUCAUGAGGAAUCAACAGUUUGAGGUUCCCUUCAUAGCUUUCUACAGAAAAGAAUAUGUGGAGCCAGAGCUGAAUAUCAAUGACCUGUGGAAAGUGUGGCAGUGGGAUGAAAAGUGGACUCAGCUGAAGACCCGGAAGCAGAACCUUACUCGCUUGUUUCAGAAGAUGCAGUCUUACCAGUUUGAGCAGAUCUCUGCUGACCCUGACAAACCUUUGGCUGAUGGCAUCCGUCCUUUGGACACCGCUGACAUGGAGAGGCUGAAAGAUGUGCAGACUCUUGAAGAACUGGGUGAUGUCUACAAUCACUUUUUGCUCUACUAUGGUCGAGACAUCCCCAAGAUGCAGAAUGCAGCAAAAUCUAACAAGAAGAGACUCAAGAAGAUCAAAGAAGUGUCAGAAGAUGGUGAAGAGGAAGAACUGGAAGUGGAAGAAGAAGAGGAACAGAAAGGACCUGAUCUCAAGCUGGCGUCUCGAAGAGAUAUGUACAGCAUCUGUCAGAGUGUGGGGCUCGAUGGCCUGGCUAAAAAGUUUGGUUUGACUCCAGAGCAGUUUGGAGAGAAUCUGAGAGACAGUUACCAGCGUCAUGAGACAGAGCAGUUCCCUGCUGAGCCUUUAGAGCUGGCCAAAGAUUAUGUUUGCAGUCAGUUCUCUACUCCUGAGGCAGUACUGGAAGGAACCAGAUAUAUGGUUGCCAUGCAAAUUGCUCGAGAACCUCUGGUCAGACAUGUUCUCCGUCAGACCUUCCAGGAGAGGGCCAAGAUCAACAUAAAACCUACAAAGAAGGGCAAAAAGGAGGUAGACGAAGCUCAUUUCGGUUACUCCUUCAAGUAUCUUAAGAACAAGCCUGUGAAAGAGCUGAAUGGGGAACAGUUCUUGAAGAUGUGCCUGGCAGAGGACGAGGGACUUCUUUCCAUUGACGUCUGUAUCGACCUUAUAGGGGUGAAAGGGUAUGCUGGGGACCAGACAUAUUUCGAUGAGAUCAAACAGUUCUACUACAGGGAUGAGUUCAGUCACCAGGUGCAAGAGUGGAACAGACAGCGAACUUUAGCCAUAGAGAGAGCUCUCAACCAGUUCCUUUACCCCCAGAUGGCCAAGGAGCUGAAGAGCAAACUGAUUGCUGAGGCCAAAGAAAGUAUUGUUAAGUCUUGCUGUCGCCGGUUGUAUAACUGGCUUAAGGUGGCCCCUUACAGGCCAGAUCAGCAAGUUGAGGAAGACGAUGACUUGAUGGAUGAAAGCCAGGGGAAAGGCAUUAGGGUGUUGGGUGUUGCCUACGCUCCUAGCAGGGAUACACCUGUUUUCUGUGCUCUGAUCAACGGGGAAGGAGAGGUUGUGGACUUCCUUCGUCUGCCUUACUUCAUGAAGAGGAGAAAUGCCUUUAGGGAGGAUGAGAGAGAGAAGAAGGCCAAUGAUAUUGAAAAUCUUAAGAAGUUUUUGUCCAGCAAGAAACCUCAUGUUGUUGCUGUAGCUGGAGAAAAUCGAGAUGCUCAAAUGAUCAUGGAGGAUAUAAAGAGGACUAUCAGUGAACUUGAACAGGAGUCCUCUCUGCCUGCUGUGGGAGUGGAACUUAUUGACAAUGAAUUGGGCACUCUGUACAUGAACAGCAAGAAGUCUGAGACUGAUUUCAGGGAUUAUCCUCCCUUGCUGCGACAGGCUGUCUCCAUAGCCAGGAAGAUCCAGGAUCCCCUGGUAGAGUAUGCUCAGGUCUGCAGCACUGAUGAGGAUAUUCUUUGCCUCAAGCUACACCCGCUGCAGGAACAUGUGGUGAAGGAGGAUUUGCUCUGUGCCCUUUACUGUGAGUUCAUCAACCGUGUCAACGAGGUUGGAGUGGAUGUGAAUAGGGCCAUUGCCCAUCCUCACACUCAGAGCCUGGUCCAGUAUGUCUGUGGUUUGGGACCUAGGAAAGGCUCCCAUCUUCUCAAGAUUCUAAAGCAGAACAACACUCGUUUGGAAAACAGAACCCAGCUGGUCACAAUGUGUCACAUGGGACCCAAAGUUUUUAUCAACUGUGCCGGUUUCAUCAAGAUCGACACUGCAUCACUAGGAGACAGUACGGAUUCCUACAUCGAGGUUUUGGAUGGUUCUCGUGUCCAUCCCGAGACGUAUGAGUGGGCUCGCAAGAUGGCUGUUGAUGCCCUGGAGUAUGAUGAGUCUGCUGAAGAUGCAAACCCAGCUGGUGCUCUGGAGGAGAUCUUAGAAAAUCCAGAACGUCUCAAAGAUCUGGAUCUUGAUGCCUUUGCUGAGGAACUUGAGAGACAGGGAUAUGGCAACAAGGGAAUUACACUGUAUGACAUCAGAGCAGAAUUGAGCUGCAGGUACAAAGACCUCAGAGUUCCCUACAGAGUUCCCAACACUGAGGAGGUCUUCAACAUGCUCACCAAGGAGACCCCAGAGACCUUUUAUAUCGGAAAGCUCAUCACCAGUGUAGUGACUGGUAUUGCUCACCGCCGGCCUCAGGGAGAGAGUUAUGACCAGGCCAUCCGAAAUGAUUCAACCGGCCUGUGGCAGUGUCCCUUCUGCCAACAGGACAAUUUCCCUGAACUUAGUGAGGUCUGGAAUCACUUUGACAGCGGCUCAUGUCCAGGUCAGGCCAUUGGGGUGCGGUCCAGAUUAGAUAAUGGUGUGCAGGGAUUCAUUCCCACCAAGUUUCUCAGUGACAAAGUGGUCAAACACCCUGAGGAGAGGGUCAAGGUGGGCAUGACAGUUCAUUGCCGCAUCAUGAAAAUCGACAUAGAGAAAUUCAGUGUUGACCUCACAUGCCGCACCUCAGAUCUGAUGGACAAAGCCAACGAGUGGAAGCUCCCUAAGGAUACCUACUAUGACUUUGACACGGAGUCUGAGGACCAGAAACAUGAGGAAGAGCUCAAAAAGAAGCAACAUCGAACACCAUAUAUAAAGCGUGUGAUCGCCCACCCCAACUUCCACAAUAUCAGCUUCAACCAGGCAGAGAAGAUGAUGGAGACCCUGGACCAGGGAGACUUGAUCAUCAGGCCCAGCAGCAAGGGAGAAAACCAUCUCACAGUCACCUGGAAAGUUGCUGAUGGCAUUUACCAGCAUGUAGAUGUGAGAGAGGAAGGCAAAGAGAAUGCUUUCAGCUUAGGACACACUCUCUGGAUUAACAAUGAAGAGUUUGAGGAUCUGGAUGAAAUCACUGCUCGGUACAUUCAACCAAUGGCUUCAUUUGCUCGAGAUCUGCUGGGACACAAGUAUUUCCAGGAUUGCAAUGGGGGAAACAAAGAGAAAAUGGAGGAGUUUUUGAUCCGGGCUAAGAGGGAGAAGCCUACUUUUAUUCCUUACUUUAUUUCUGCCUGUAAAGACCUUCCAGGAAAAUUCAUAUUGGGUUACCAGCCUCGUGGAAAGCCUCGGAUUGAGUAUGUGACCAUCACCCCGGAUGGUUUCCGCUAUCGUUCACAGAUAUUUCCUACUGUAAAUGGACUAUUCCGUUGGUUUAAGGACCAUUAUCAAGAGCCAGUGCCAGGUAUCACUCCCAGCAACAGCAGCCGAACGAGAACACCUGCCUCCCUGAAUGCCACCCCAGCUAAUAUCAACAUUGCAGACUUGACACGAGCUGUCAACGCCCUCCCACGCAACAUGACUUCUCAGAUGUUUAGUGCCAUCGCUGCAGUCACGGGCCAGGGCCAGAAUCCCAACACGACUCCUGCACAGUGGGGCUCCAGUCAGUACGGCUACGGUGGCAGCACAGGAGGGGGAGGAAGCUCCUCUGCUUAUCAUGUCUUUGCUACACCACAGCAGCCUAUGGCUACACCUAUGAUGACACCCAGCUACUCCUACACCACACCGAGCCAGCAGGCUCUGGGUACGCCGCAGUACCCAGGCUCUACCCCUCAGUCCUCACACUCUCAUACACAUGCCCACCCACACCUGCCACAUCACAGCCAUCCUGGCCAUCACAGCAGCCAUCAUGGCCACUCAUCUGGCACGCCGUCAUCCUCCACCUCAUCCCGAGGACGGACACCACAACAACAGCAGCCGCAGCCAAAGCCGAGCAGCAGCUCAUCUGCAGUGGACUGGGGCAAGAUGGCUGAGCAGUGGCUAAAGGAGAAAGAAGCAGAAGGGCGGAAGAAAGCCCAGAGGAUGACGCCACGGCCAUCACCCAGCCCCAUGAUCGAGAGCACACCCAUGUCUCUUGCCGGAGAUGCCACACCCCUGCUGGAUGAAAUGGACCGAUAGGAUACAGAGGGGGGCGUUGCUACAUCCCCCCUACCACACUUCAUACAUUGUACUGCCUCAUUCGGAUAACUCUUCACCGUUUUCUCUCUCACUACUGAUCCGCUUUUUCACCUUGUUGACCACCAGCUUAAGUCCACUCCAUCCAGCUGAUUGUCCAUACAUUCAUUCCCCUCACCACCUCAUAUUGUGGCUGUAGCAGUCAGUUCGGCAUCAUGGUUCAAGUCAACACUUUCCUUCUACAAGUCUCCAUCUCAUAUUAAAUAUUUUAUAUUCCUUCUCUCCAGCCAGUCUGCUAUGGCUACAUAGUAUUUUGUAUAGUCAAAAUAACACUGUACAUGUCAUUCACAAAGGCAGUACAAUGACAAAAAAUACUUGAAUUAUCAGUUACAAAUAGGAUAUGGACCUACACAGACAUUGACAAAUGAGCUGUCCUAUCUUUGUUUUUGCUAUUGGUUUUAGUUCUAUCCCUGAAUGGUUUUGACAGAAAAGAACAGUCGUCCUUUCCUCGGUUGUAAUUGGUGGAGUUUUGAAAGCAGUUGCCAAAAGAACGCUUUGCCAAGCCGAUCGGGAAAUUUCAUUUUUGUAUGGGAUGAAUCAGACUGAAUAAAGACAGUUUCCUCUCUUUUUCUGUUUGAACCUGAAGACUCCGCUCUUUACAUGUGAAAACCAAACACCAAUGUAACUGUACAGACACAAGCUCACACAAUGAAAGGAUGGUUUAAAAAGAAUGCUUUGUCAAUCCUGCGUUACUGCUAAUUGUUUCCACCACAUGCUGUAUUAUGAGCAGCUGACUGUGUUUUUCUCCUGUAUACCGCUCUAAUGUAUUGUGGACUUUGUGGUUUGGACGUUAACAACAUGCCACAUAAGAAUCAGUUGUUGCUUUUUGAUAACUUCAUGUAAAUGCAAGAUGGUGCAGAAGAGGGUAGAUAUUUUAGAGCUAUUGAUUUUAGUAACAAUCUACCAUAACUGGCAGAUGUUUGACAAAAUUCUUUGUCAACUACAAGUCUGGCAAAUUGUGAAUUUUUCCUUUAAGUUCACUCAAUUUUGGUUCUCAUGCAUCUUAAGUUUUUGCAGUUUAGGGACUUUGCAUGCAUUGUGUUAGGUUUGUCAUCAGCUGGGUGUGAUCUCAAACCACUGCUCUUACUGUUGAUAUGGUUUGGUGUUCCCACUGAAAAUUGACAAGCAAGAUUUUUCACAGCUGCAGCAGAAUUUCAAAAGAUGAGCUCAAGUUUUUCUAACUUUAACACUAUCAGUAAAAGAUCCUGUCAAACUGACUUCUACCCACUGUGUUUAUGUUCCUAGCGCAAGUAUUUGGAGGUGCACACAGUUAUUUCAGUAGAGUGAAUAUAACAUUAUUGAAAAUACACUUUGUGAUCAUUAACAGUUUAAUGUUGCUGCUUCCCUCAUGAGUCAUGCAUUCACUUCUUGCUGUGUCUCUGUGCCACAGUACAAACAAGCAGCACUGGUUCUUAAUGGUGUGCUACAAUUUGCAAUGUGCAAAGCAUCAUGAUCUCUUAAAAUGCAUAUUUUAAAUAAUUAUUUUUGAGUAAACACACUGAGUUUUACUUCUUAUGCCGGGUUAAGAUGUCGCACCUGUCUCGGAGAGACUGAUUGGUUGUCAGCAGCAGAUUGUGAUGAUGGAGAGAUGUCUGCUCUGCUGAUUACCUUUUCUACCGGUAAUCCUUUUAAUAAAAGUGUUCAUAG